UCAGUCAAUUAAUCAGCAACUCAUUUUAUAAUUGAUUUAUAGUUUCAGUAAUUUCAUCCUCAGGAUAAUGUGAUCAGAGAACGAUCAAUCAACUAAUUGAUCAAUUAAUAUGCAGAUUAACCGUCAAUGUAAUUAAUAACAUUGGAGCUCGUCUGCCACACGGACGGUUAACCUCAGAGUGUCCUUCAUCACUAAAACACAACAGGAUAUAAAGCAGACUAAUCAAUCAUAGAUGUGAUUAUUGAUCUGUGAGGCGAAAGGAAAUGAAGUUUAAAAAGUGAAGAAGAAGAUUUCAGAGACGCCGGACCAGAACCAGAGAGUUUAAUCUGCUGCUGUGAUGCGUUCAGGCGUCUGUAAGAGACCGGUUAAAGUGUGUGUGUGUGUGUGUUUAUGUGUGUGUGCGUGUGUGUGCGCGUGUGCGAGAGAGAUUAGUGUCGGAUAAAUUCGGGAAAUGGGCGAGAGGCCAUAUCUGACAUCUGUACACAGACUUUGUUAUUUUGGUGGUUCAGGUUUUAAUCCGCGGUCAUGAUAUCUGAGCUCUGAUUGGUGGGAUUAUUCUUCUUAUGAGCGGCUGAGCAGACAGACAGAUGAACAGCAGACAGACAGACAGACAGGUGGAUCCACACCGACGGCGGCGACAGCAGAGACUCACCUGUAACCAGGGGCAGCCAUGUUUGCGGGCCGGGCGUCAGUGGGCGGAGCCGCCGGGCCAUCAGCGGCGGUGGGAGGAAAAGGCGGGAAGUUCUCAGUGGAGGAGCUGUACGGCUUCAACAAGAAGAUGAAGGUCAACAGAAGGGAUUCUACCAAACAGGAGCGAGGCGAAGGCAGGAAAGAAAUGAAGGACAAAGAAGAAUCACUGCUGGCGGCGCAAAUCCUCGACGCCGCCCGGAAGCUGAUGGAGACACGACGCCUCGAGAUCUACCUGAAGGAGUGUGACAUCACCAUGCAGCACAGCAGCAUGCCCUACAGGAAUCUUGGAAAAUCUGGACUGCGAGUGUCCUGCUUAGGACUCGGAACAUGGGUGACAUUUGGCUCUCAGAUCUCUGAUGAGAUGGCGGAGAGCGUGAUGACGGUGGCGUACGACAGCGGAGUGAACUUGUUCGACACGGCGGAGGUUUACGCCUCAGGGAGGGCAGAGACGACUCUGGGAAACAUCCUGAAGAAGAAAGGAUGGAGGAGGUCCAGUUAUGUGGUGACCACUAAGAUCUACUGGGGAGGACAGGCAGAGACGGAGCGAGGGUUGUCACGGAAACACAUCAUCGAAGGUCUGCGUGGAUCUCUGGCCAGGUUACAGUUGGACUACGUGGAUAUCGUCUUCGCCAACAGGAGUGACGUCAACGCACCGAUGGAGGAGAUUGUUCGUGCGAUGACCUUUGUGAUUGAUCAGGGCAUGGCGAUGUACUGGGGAACAUCACGCUGGAACGCUGUCGAGAUCAUGGAGGCGUACUCUAUCGCCCGACAGUUUAACCUGGUUCCUCCGGUGUGUGAGCAGGCAGAGUAUCACUACUUCCAAAGAGACAAAGUGGAGCUGCACCUGCCUGAACUGUACCACAAGAUAGGGGUCGGAGCCAUGACCUGGUCUCCGCUCGCCGGUGGCCUGCUGACGGGAAAAUACAACGACGGCGUCCCCGAGAGCUCCAGAGCUGCCAUAAAGGGUUAUGCGUGGUUGAAGGAGCGUCUCUGCAGUGAUGAAGGGAAGAAGCAGCUCAGUAAAAUCAAAGAUCUCCACCUGCUGGCCGACAGACUGAACUGCACCGCUGCUCAGCUCGCCAUCGCCUGGUGUCUCCGCAGUGAAGGCGUCAGCUCUGUCCUGCUGGGAGUCUCUAACACUGAUCAGCUGCUGGAGAACUUGGCUUCUAUCAGGGUUCUGACUCAGCUGACUCCGCCCCUCAUCACCGAGAUGGACGCGUUGCUUGGCAACAAGCCGCGAAACGGCAAGAGGGAGGCGAGGAGCUGAGGAGGAACAACCAAAAACUUUAUCCAAAAACAUCCAGCGACUGAGAACUGACGACGACGACGACAGAGGGACCAACGAAAAGAGACGCCGGCGGUGAUGUCAUCGUCGUCGUCAUGGAGACGGGAACGUCUCCUGUUCCCGCAGAUAAUCAGAAAUAUAUCAGAAUAUUUAUUCUUAUAUUAAUCUGAAGACGCGGCCGCAGAGCGUCAUGUCGGCAGAGAGCAGCUGUUUCACGUCUGUCCGCGCCGUUGUCACGGCAACAAGACAAUUAGCUGCAUCGUUAAGCUUAAAUCUAUGAAUUUAUGUUCAGAUAUUAACAGAAAUGAAUCAGCGUUUAGGAUCCUAAUUAUGAGUUAAAUACUCGUUAAUAAUCAAUUAAAAACAUCUGUGACGACGUCGUCUUCGUUUAUCAAACAUACUUUUAUUAUUUAAAUUAAAUUCAGUUUCUUUCAUGUGUAUUAGUUUAAUGAUCAUAUGGAGGCUCAUUCCUGACAAGACAAGAAAAAAACAGAUUCACCAGAACUUUAUUUCUCAUAAUUAAA